GGUUGCCUAGCAGCGGCGUGUGUUGCUCCGUAGCCCCGGCGGCGGCGGCGGCGCGCGGGCAAUGCCCAAGAAAGCGGUGGUCACCAUACGCUAUGGGCCCUACAGCGCGGUGGGCCUGGCCGUGGAGCACCGCACCUUCCGCCUGGAGGGCUUGCAAGCUGUGUUGAAGAAGGAUGGGCAUGAGGUCGUCCUGGAGAAGAUAGAAGACUGGGACGUGGUGGAGCUGGUGGUGAACGGGGAGGUUGUCUUCCACUGUAACAUUAAGGACCUGGAAUUUGGAGGUGACGGUAAACUCGACCCGCUGUGCGAAGAGGCGAGGGUAGCUGUGCUGAAAGCCUACUGAGCUCCUGGAGCUGCACCUGCAGGCGGCGUGGUGGGGCCGGGCCACCAGGCUCUGCCAGGCCGAACAAAGCGACACCAGCCCGUCCUUUGGCCCGAGCUGCAUCAGGUUUCUGACCUGCUGCAGAGGGACCUGCGAAAAUAAUAAAACCGCAUCCUGGGCGGCAGCUCUCAAUCACGACCCAUAGGGAGAGCCUCCGAUAUCAGGUGCACGAUGAGCUGAAAGAAAUAAUAAAUGCAAUCUAAUAACAGCGCCAUCCCUUCCUAAUAACGCAUCGUUGCCAGAAGCACCUUCGACUCUACCCCGUAGUAAGCGGAGAGCUAGGAACAGGAGAAAUUAAAGAGAGGUUGGGGGCGCAGCUGGGAAUAGAGGCCUUUGGAGUCUGAACCGAACGUGGACGUCCGUAUUUGGAAAUCCGGCUGUUCCUGCAGACUCGUGUCUUGCUCCUGGUGCUAUAAGAACCUAAAGUUGCUCAUAGAAAGGUAGCAGAGGGGCAGGCAUUUAGCAGAUCUGCCCGACACCCACAUCCCAUAGCAGAGUGCCUGGGCUCGAGUCCCAGCUCACAUCCUGAUUCCAGCUGCCUGCCUGUGUGCACCCUGGGAGACGGGGUGAUGGCUCCAGUAACUGAGUCCCUGACACCCACAUGGGAGACCUGGAUGGAGGCUCCUGGCUCCUGGCUCCUGCCUGGCCCGGCUCCAGCCACUGCAGGCAUUUGGGGAGUGUGAACCACUGAAUGGGCUGUCUCUGUCUCUCUCUCCCUGUC